UUCUACUAAGCCCCCCCAAACACACACACAUACACACACGCGCGCGCCCGCUCACCCCCAGCCCCCUCCCCCUUCUUUUCCAGCGAGGCCGUGUCUCUCUCUCUCUCUCUCUCUCUCCUGCUCCAGCCUGCUCGCCUCGACACGAAGAAGCCCAACAUGGAGUAGAGAGCGGGCGAUGGGGCCGCCCUCGCCGAGCGCAGCGCGCACAGUCGGGGCUAAAGUGCAGCGGACGGGGCGGGAGGACGAAGAGGAGGAGGAGGAGGAGGAGGGAGAGGAAGAGAGGCUCUGGGAGAAGCGAAAUAAAUGAAAAACAAUCAAACGGCGGCGGCGGUACGGGCAUGGAAGAGAAUAAAUAAAUAAAUAAAUAAAUCAAUAAGGCAUCAACAGAGGCGCGAAGAACCGAAAAGAGGGAGAAUGAAGCGUGAAGGCGGCGCGGCGCGCGCGCUGGGACUUCUUCACUGUAGGUGAAAGCGAGGAGGCUGAAAAAUGACCGAGGAAUCGCAGCCAGACGAUGAUAGUUAUAUAGUGCGAGUGAAGGCCGUGGUGAUGACGCGGGAUGACUCGAGCGGUGGGUGGUUGGCUCAGGAGGGCGGCGGGCUCAGCCGAGUCGGAGUGUGUAAAGUGGCUCCGGCUGACCUGGAGCUCAUCGGCCGAAGCGGCUUCCUCAUUUACGGAGAGAGACUCCGAGACAAACAGGUGAUCCUGAAGUGCUUCCUCAAGAAGGACCUGGUCUACACUAAGGCCACGCCCACCUUUCACCACUGGCGCGUGGACAAUAAGAAGUGCGGCCUGACCUUCCAGAGUCCGGCAGACGCCAGAGCCUUUGACCGCGGGGUCAGGAAAGCCAUUGAGGACCUGACUGAUGGUUCCACCACCUCCUCAUCCACUCUACAGAACGAGACAGAGCUGGGAGACGAUGACGUCUUUACAAACGCCACAGACAGCUCGUCUAACUCGUCCCAGAAGAGGGAGCCCUCCGUGCAGACGCUUGCACCAAUCAGCUUCUGUGAGCCGCGGCGACACCACCACUGCAUCCUGGGACAUUUCUACGAGCCACACAGGCACUCUGACCAUUACUUUCUGGACCAGACGGCACCCAUGUUCCCCCGUCACGUGACCUUCCCUCCAGAGGAGGAAGAGAUAGUGCGGAUAAAUCCGCGCGAGCGUGCCUGGCUAACGGGUUAUGAGGACUACCGUCACGCCACCACCGCCACGCGGGACAAACUCCUACUACGCCCCGACCCCACGGACGCUUACGUCACUUUCGCCAAGAGCGAGGCGCCCAAACACGACUAUACUUAUCCGUACCCACUGGGCGGAGACUCGCGUGACCCGUCACGCAACGGUAAAGUCGGCAUCAGUGGUGGCGUGGUCACAGGCCAGCCCACGGCCAAACGGGAGGACAGCAGCCAGCGCCUGCGCUGCAUUUACUGCCGGGACGUUUUCAACCCGGCACAAAACCGGCGCGGCCAUUGCCAGGAGGCACCAGACACAGUGGACACGUGCAUACGCCGCGUGAGCUGCAUGUGGUGCGCCGAUAGCCUGCUGUACCACUGCAUGUCGGACCCAGAGGGCGAUUACUCGGACCCAUGCUCAUGUGACCCUGGCGAGGAACACUUCUGCCUGCGCUGGACGGCUCUAUUGGGCCUCUCGCUAAUCGCCCCCUGCAUGUGCUGCUACGUUCCGCUGCGCGCGUGCCACCGCUGCGCCAUAGCGUGCCACUGCUGCGGGGGCCGACACAAAGCCACGGGCUGAGCCACAGCAACUCUUAUACACACCAGCAAACAGCCAGGAGCAGAAACGGAAAGGGUGGAGGCAAAAAAAUGAAAAAGCCCUAUUUAACCUGGAUUGGUUUUACCUAGAGAGCUGACCCAUCUACGCUCUGCUACAAAUACUAGUGCUAGUUUGGAAAGGUUUAAUAGAGUGUCCCUUUCAACUUGUAGUGCACAGCUGCUUUUGGUCAAAUACGUAAAUGUAGAGUGCAUUAUUAAGUUCAAAUGUUAUUUAUCUUUUAUGUGUGUGAAAAGUCACACUGUAACAGCUGAUCAGGUGUAGUUCUUUUUGUUGCAUACUUGAGCUGUUUUAGGGAUAAACAUUUGAUUGAUGCGCGAAGCAGAAAGUUCACCAGGUUCAGCUGUUUUAAUGGCGCUAGCUUGUAGCUCUAAUCAGGCCUAAACCUUUGGUCUGAACCUGAAUACAGCCCAAGAAUUUCUAUCCAAGACAAACUUGACCUAAACCACAUGAUCAAGUUUAGAGUCUGAAAAUAAAAUUCUGUCUGAAACUGACCCAAACCAGCCCAUCACCACAGAACAGUGCAGAAUAAAAUAUUUCCAUAUUUCAGCCUGUAGAUAAAUUACCAUAUAGUGACAGUAACAGCCAUGAUUAGAUCACAGCUAAAUAGAAUAAAAACAGACAUUAGCCUUCACCUGUUUAGUCCUAAAACCUUAUUUCUUUAUGUAGAACAUGUUACAUACCGCUGUUGUUGUUGCUUUUAAAAUAAGUCAAUGGAACUGGACUUUUUUCUACGUCAUUUUGGGUCAUUUUUUGGUCCAUUCAUCAUGAAAUUUACAUACAAUGUAAGGAGCAACAGGCAUUUUCAAAUUAUGUCAAAAACUGAAAAAUGGCAAAAAAAUUGAAUAACUUAAAAUGUACUUUCGGAAAAAAAAACAAAUUAAAUCUAAAGUGCACUAAAGUACACUAAACUCUCCUGAAUCAAUUUACGGUUAUAUUGUGUGCCAGAAAAGUGGGCCUCAUGGACCUCGGUGCUAAGUUCUGUCAACAACAUGAGUGACUCCAUUGUGGCAGAUUCAAAACUGCUUCAAGGUAACAAAAGCAGAGAGGAGGAAUAAAGUACGAAGUAACUAAAGCAGGGAAAUGCAGGUAAAAUCUCAGUCAGGCUCUGUUGGGUUCAGACAAACAUUUUAAGCUACCUAGCAAAUUAACGUCAUAGCCAUGAUGGCAAAAACAGAACGCUCAACAAUUGAUUACUGUGAGCUACAGCAUAAAGCAUAGGCUUAACGUAGCUCAUUUACACAUUAAAAGGACUAAAACUGAUCUGUCCCAACUGAGUAGCCUUUCAGAAUAAUUUGAAAUGAAUAAUACAAGCUAGAUUGAGGUAUUUUGACAAAAAAAAAAACAGUUGUGCGCUACCAUUUCUCUCACAAAUGACCUUUCAGUCUGGGCGUAUUUGAGGAAAUUACAUGGAUACUUUAUCCUGAACCAGUCAGGCAAUCAAAUUCCUUACAAAUACGUUACACAACAUCCUCUGGUAAAACUAAUCCAGCUCCAGUAGUGCUUAAGUGGAGGAGCGCUGGAAACGAAACGGUUGCUGGCAAACUUUUUGUUGGAGCUUUGUUUACGCUGGACAUCUCUCCUGGCCUGUUUUUAUUCUCUUUUUUUUGUUUUGUUUUGUUUUUUUUUUGUGCCCCUCAGCUUCUAUGACAUGCAUUUUAAAAGAUCACAGUAAAGGCAUUUAUAUAUUCAUUUAUAUAUAAUAAAAUAAUUAUAUAAAUAUAUAAAUACAGGUACUUUUAUGUUUUUACAAUAUUCUGAUUUGCUUCCUGUCUGGUUUGUGUUCCAUACGAGUGUUUUUGUUGUUUAUUUUUGUUUUUGUUUGCUGUUUGUUUUAUUGCCCUGGCUUGCCAAACUGACUCUGAGGUGGAACUCUCCUGUCUGAGGCACUUAACACAUGUGUGACCAUCCCCAGUCUGAACCGACAAAUCUGUGCGUGAGUGCGUGUGUGUGCGUGUGUAUGUGUGUGCGUGAGUGUGUGUGUGUGUGUGUGUGUGUGUGUGUGUGUGUGUGUGCGUGAGUGUGUGUGUGUGUGUGUGUGUUUGUAAGAAUGCAGAUAAAAGAAUGAAUAUUUGAUUAAUGAAGCCAAAUCUAUGUUUGACUAUGUGUAGAGAAUAAUUGCUGUUUCGAAUGUUUGGUUAACAUCCAGCCUACAUUGCUGUCAAACUGUAUAGUAAAUGUAUGUGUGUGCAUUAGUAGGAAUGUUUGCAGCCGCAUUUACACUGUGUAUGUUCGGAAUUGAGAAACCAGCCUCAAAUUAAAGGAACACUCCAGCGUUUUUCGACCUAAUCUCCAUCAGCCCCACCUGUAGUAAACGGCUGAUUACUGCAGUUAGACGUCAUUUAGGUCACUUAGUGAAAGAACAGAAAACCACUUGACCUAAAAGAAGCUGAUUGGCGGGGGGUGGCGUUUCCCUCUCAACAAGAUCUCCUUUAGUUUGCUUCCACCAUAGUUAUCCUGUGUUAUAUAUACUUAUCGUGCUAUAGUUAUACAUUGGUAUAUACCACAACGUACCGUCUUUGUUGUUGGCUGGAUAAAAUAUGUGGGUGGGUGGACCGUUUGAUUUGACCACACAUCUUUGUUUAGCUUGAGAAACUAAGUUGAUAGUCCAGUCUUAAAACAAAAGAGGAAAGAUGUAGGAUCUGUAUGAAACACUGUGGCAGGCCACGUCGCCUAUUAAAAUCGCCAAAAAUUCUAGGUUUUAUGGCUUACCUUACUGAGUCUGGCUAGCAAACCAAGUCUUUUUUAUUAACUCAUCAGAUUUUGUGUUGUGGAUUAACCUCGCCCUCAAAAACAGCUGACAUGCAGGCCUCAAAACUUAGCCAGACAGAGCAACAGCAGUCACAGAGGAUGAGGUUAACUGUACUAUGUCAUCGUUAUGCUUUUGAUGUAGGCCUGUGUGAUAAUGCUGCGGCGCAGUGAUUUCAUGCAGAUCACGUGGGCAGUAAUUAUCACCACCCCCUUCUAGAAUUCCCCACCUCCCUCAUUCACUCUGCCCUGAGGCAGGUGCUUCAGUUUCAGUUUCAGCAUCUGGCUUCUAUUAUAAAUGUUUUUCGACUCAACAGUUGUCUGUUAUUUUAUUAUGUAUAGAGAAAGACGUCACAAUUAUUUUGGUAAUUGACCAUAUAAAGGCACGUGCACAGAUAUACCCUGACGUUUGGGUGGGGGGGGGUGGGUUGAGCCCCUGCCCUUUUGCCCUCAGACUGUGAGGUGCCCUCUUGGUAUAAAAUAAUUGUUUUAUGUGUCCAUUCUUCAAGGACCGUUUCCCUGAGGCUCAGCUCAGCCUCGGCCUGGGAAUAGAGCUAGUGGAUCAGCUCAAGUUCCACAAUUGCAAUUCGGCGCCCCCUCUGGCAAAGCGGUGGUGCCUGCAGAGGUCUUCUCCUCUCAGAAACUUAGAUGCAUGCAUCACCACAGAGCUGGAAAUACAAUCACAAAGGCACCAAUAAUCUCUUUAAGAAAGCGUCGCAUAGCAUAAUGUGGUAACUUUGAACAACAAUCUAACAAAUGAGUGUAAGGACCACUAAUAACUUGCUAUACCAAGUUUCUCUUAUUGUAAAAAGCAGCAAUUUAUUCCAGGCUCUCUGGAAGUUCACAGCAAGUCGAUAGCGGGUAAUGUUGCAGGGUUCAAAUCUCUGCUCGGGCAGUAAUGCUAGUAUUUUUGUAUGGGGGGAAAACGCUUAACACAAUGUUUAGUUUCUUCUGAAACUGUCUCUGUUGAUAAGAGUGGUUGUAGUAUGUUGUAAAUGAAAUUAAGUUUGAUUCACAUUGUCCCUUACACCCUCAAAAUGUCGGUGCACAAGCGUGACCUUCGACUACAGACGCAGCACACCGAGAUUAGGUUGAAAAACGUGGGAGUAAUCUUUUAAUUCAAUCUAUCUACAGGAUGAAAAACAAGGUGUCGUUUUUGCCUUUUUGUCUAUAAGCACAACACUAAACUUUGACGCAUACGAACACUUCUGAUAACCUCCUAAGACGCGUGUCCACGUCUCGCAGCCUGAAAAUGUCCGACAACUCACAGCCAGUGGGAGGACUGUGGCAAUGUUUUGUGACAACAGGGACUGUGAGGUUCUGUACAUUAUGUCUCUUUCUUUCUUUCUUUCUUUCUCUCUUCCCCUUCUCCAUUUCUUUCCCUUCCUUUUCUAGUUCUGUUUCUUGCCAGCUUCUGCAAUAAAUGUCAUUCAUUCAGUGUAAGAGAGAGCAAAAAAAAAAAAAGAAAAGAAAAUGCAGUUAUAUUUUUCUAACAAUAUGGACCCCCUGUUCAAAUACAAUGAAAUAUUAAAGAAAAGUGCCUGAA